CUGAAAGAGUUUUCCGGAAAGGACGGCGACGAAGAUCGAGCUCGAUCUUGGGUCAGCAAGGUAAGAUCGGCUUUCGUCCGCGAUCAAGCACCUGAUGAUGAGAAGUGUCUGGCGUUCGGCGAUUUGCUCAGUGGUCCAGCGCGAAACUGGUAUACGCAGCUGAGCCGAACAACUCGCACCACGUGGAAAGACCUGCUCCAGAGUUUCCAGGUCCAGUAUUGUGGGCGUGGUGUCUCGGUUGCCCGCCAGUACUACCAUGCUCGGAAACGAUCUGACGAGUUGCCUCUGGAGUACCUCCACAGGCUCAACGUCGCAGGCCUGCGGACACGUCUACAAGUCACGGACGGACCGCCUGACGUGCGCCGGGAACAUGUGGAACACUUUAUCGAGACUUUGGAUGACCGCGAUCUAGCGGGCCAGCUUGCCCUGCUUCGGAUUCCCGACGCGGACACUCUGGAAGAAGUUUUGCGAUCUCGCCAGCGUGCCAAAGCGCGACAGAGC